CUUGAACCGCCGCCGGGUCGUCCCUUUAUAUACGCAGGUUGACGCCCGGCCGGUCUACAGAGUCCUGAGGCCGACUCAUACAAGUGUUCGGCUCGGUCUCUCCCUUUCCCUAACUUACAAUACAAAUUAUACAAUUGUGGCGGUUUAUCACUAUGGGCCCUAACCCGCCUUUGGGCUCUGGGCCUCUAAGCUUUAUCAGUAAAGCGUCAUCUUCUUGUCUUCAUAGGCUUCAAUAUAGUUGAGCGUGAACCGGCCCCUCUUGGGCGGUUUACACUCAGUAGUUAUAUCCUCAACAUUAGGCCCCAGAUUGAUUUGAACCUAUUCAUGUCAAUCUUCAAUACUUUAGAAAAAUUCCAUGAGCGUUUUCUGACGAUUCUUGUAAACCGCCAUGUUGUCAUCUCCCUGUAAACUUUGGUGAACCGCCAUGACGUCAUUUUCUGACACAGCAGUAAAUCAUCAUGAUGGCAUCUCUGCAUAAAAAGAUUUAUGAAGAUUCCCUUCUUUUUAAUUAAUUCUCGAAGAUCGAGGCAACAGCUGCGCCCCCUUUUGCCGCUUCAGGCCCCUCGAUUCUCGCACCUGUCGUUUAUCCCCUUUUCUCUAUAAAUAGGGCCGGGGGGUCUUUCCAUUUUUUUUCCUUGCCUCUCGUCUUCCUCCUCGCGACCUGAAGAGCUCAAGCGCCGCCGCCGCCGUCGAUCCUCGAAUCUGCACCGACUAGGCCGCUGCAUCACCCUGUUCGUACCAGAGAUCCUGCGAUACUCCUCCGCUGCUGCGUGGCCUUGGUAAGCUUUCUUCCCGUAACCCUAGAUCCCCAUUAGGACUUCAGGUUCAUCUGUGUUCAUCGACAUUCAUCAGUGCUCCGCCUUUCCCUUAACCUCUUUACUGAAUCUAGCUAUGCCUGAUAGUUUUCUUUUGCGGUUAGAUCCAUAACUUUAGUCUUCCGCACCACAACGUCUUACUGUUCUAAACAAAACUCCAUCUGGACCUUCUCCGUUCCUCUUAGCGCCAUUGUAGGGCUCAGAAAAAUUUUCUUUAUUGAACCACGGUAGAUCCAAAAUUAUACUGCCAUACUGUGAAACAUGUUUCUGUAAACACUUAGUAGAUUUCAGCUCUGCCUCUUCUGUUUAAGGGCGGUUUAACCUUUAGUAGUCGAUAAUCCACCAUAUGCCAUUAGGCCUCACUUAAACCGCCAUCUUGACUUGAGUAGUAAAUUUCGGUUUAACUCACAUAUAUGCCUUGAUCAAAUUCCCCGGUUUAACACCGACUGGUGCACAUCAACCUUCAAUCGUAAACCGGCCUUCAUUUUUCUUUUACAGUUUGUUUUCCAAGAUGACCAAGCAAUUCUCCGCUUGCAACUGGGUUCCUUCCCGGAUCACGGAAACGCCAAAUCAAUGGAUAUGUUGUAACUGGCGCUUUAGCUUCAAAAAAUGUUCUUCAUUGGCGAGUUCCUGGCUCUGAAUGCCCUCCUGAGCCUCAAGAUGGAGAAGUGAUUGUGUUCAUGCAGCACCUGGACCGGGGAUUCAGCCCUCCCGGAUCAAAGUUUUUCCGGGAUGUCCUUCCUAGCUUUCAACUCCAUCCACAGGAUAUUGGACCGAAUUCCGUGUCCAACAUAUGCAAUUUUCAAGUAUUCUGUGAAGUUUACCUUCAAGAAGAACCAUCUGUUGAGCUCUUCUGGGAUUUUUUCCAUCUAAACUGCCGAACUGAGUUCUCUGACGGUCCCAACACUGAACUUGGUGGGGUGUCAAUCCAGAAGAGGAAAGAAGUUGAUUUCACUCAUGCAAAACACCACAGCCAUCCCAAAGAUUGGAACCAAACAUGGUUUUAUUGUCAGAACACUGCCCCUGCUGGAGAAAAUCCUUUGCCGGGUUACCGCGCUCACCGGCUUAGCAAUGGCCACCCGUUACCGCAACGAAUAACUGCCAAAGAAACGACAAGCUUAUGCACCUCAACUCGCUAAGCUUCGGGCUCUCCUAACCAACGGUUUGACUGGUGUUGACCUCGUUCGCUGCUGGGUUUCGUGGCAUAUCCUACCUUUAAGCCGCCGCUCUGGAUUGAUGCAUGAGUAUACCAGCGACGCCAAAGAUCCUCAACGGUUUAAUGAAAUAGAAAUGACUGAUGAUGAAGUCACUGAAUGUGUGAAGAAGAUGCUUGACGAACCGAUCGCCGCAUGCAGCCAAACUGGGUUGCUCCCUUUUUAUGCCUCCAACAAACCGUCAGCAGCCAAAGAUUCCUUCUGGAAGAGGAAAACUCAAGAUAAACCGGCGAGGGCUCCUCGUGCCAAAAGCAAGGUCACAAAGAAACCAGCCAAGAGGAAAACCGCCGAGUCCGCUGAUCCGCCCGAAGAUAUCGAAGAAUCGGAUCAAGAGGAUGAUGCGGAAGCCAGCCGCACUGAUCAUGUUGAGGUAAUCUCCCUUUCCUCCAGUUCAGAUCACAUGCUGGUUCAAAAAUUUCGCCGUGCAGUUCGGAAAGUAAAACGCUCUCACCCUCUUGCUCAUUUGGAUCCACAAUUUUCUUUGAAGACACAGCAACAUGAAGGUCGUCGCACAACCCGACACAGUGGCCAACAAGUCACUUCCUCCGGUUUACCAGACACUCCACCUCGAAAACGUCGUCCAGAGGUCUCUUCCUCUUUUAAUAAACCUUGUCCCUUGGCGGGUUGCUUCCGAUACCCACUUAAUCCGUCUGAUUCAAAUUAUCAGGUAACUUCUAUCUCUUCAUCUGGCGACUCAUCAACCACGCAAUUGCCUCCCCUCAAGACCGUCGCUGGUGCCAAGGCCCGACUGAGUAAGAAAGCCAAGACCAGUGGCCCCACUGAUGAAGCUGAACCGGAGAAGACCCCAGAAGAUACUGGUAGAGACAUUGAGGUUGUCAUGGAUGACUCUGCCCCACAAGAUCCAGCCACUGAUGCUAAUCCGCCGGAAGCUGGCCCGGCAACGCAUGUUGAUCCAUCAAGCCCGCAUGCUACGCCUCCAAGCCCAGCUGCUGAUCCGCCGAGCCCAGCCAGGGAUACCGUCAAUCCGCCAAGUUCGUCAAAAGGUGGCGAUGAUGUUAUUAUCACUGGUACAGGUCACACCAGCCCUGGCAAUCCGGUUGUCCUGGCAAAGCAUACCGCCAAGGAAGAAUUUGUUGCUAUGGGCAAGGGGAAAGAGAAGACAGAUUUAUCCAGCUAUGUCAACUUUACUGCCGAAGAACUUCAUUCCAGCUUCUUACAUCGCCUCUACACAAGCCGAGAUUAUGAGGCCGGCUUGGUGAACAUGAUGAAAGAGCGCUAUGAGGCCAAUAUAAACAACAAAGACUCCAAAAUUGCCGAUCUUCAAGAGAAUAUCAAGUCCCAGCAAUCAGAGACUUCCAAGGCCAAGGAUGAGUUGAAAAACGCUUUAACAGCCAUGGAACAACUUAAGGAAGGGUUCAAGAAUGAACGUGCUAGCUGGGAAACUGAAAAGACUGCGUUAUUGAAGUGGGCUGAAGACGCUGAGUCAGCUCUUAAACCGGUGAAGGAAGAGCUAACUGGGUUGAAGCGCCAAGUAAACGCCAUGACCUCUGCAAUAUUGUAGCCGUGUUGCUCAUCUGGGCGCUGACAUGUGGAUGAAGCUGAAGGCAGCAUAUACGUUGCUAGAGCAACUGUAUACCGGCGCCCAAUGGGUUAUCUGUGCAGUCUCAUACAACAAACCGGCACCAACAUUGAUCAAGGACACUCUAGCAAGGUUAUCAAUGACGCCGGCGCAGAUAGAGGAGAUGAAGCAAUCUGCUACCAGGGCUGGCGCUUUGU